GUGCAUGAGAAAGAUGUCGAAGAUGAAAACGAACGAUACCUGGCACAUCAACGUGAUUUUCACUUUCCUGAUCCUCAGCUAUUUCACCCUUUCGACGAACUGUCAACAGGGAUCAGCUGAGACUUGGGACAAAUUGUCGCGUCUGAUACCGACGAAUUCGGUGUACGAGCAACAGGACAAAAAUGCCUCUCCUGCUGUCAGCAACCCGGCAGAAACAUUAUUACGCUCCUUGGACGAGAACAAUGUCAUGGAGACGUCGAAAGCAAGCAGGAAGAACGACCAACGCGAAGAGGAAGCGAAUGAAGAAACCUAUGAGGAUGAGUACGAGGUUGAAAACGAUCGAAGAUCGGUGCAGGAUGCUUCGAAGCUCUCUAAAAUCACCGAUAAUCACACGGUGAAACAUGAAAAAUCGUCUGCUCUAACUGUUAAAACUGAAGACACGUCCAGGGAUGAAGAUUAUGUCGAAGAUCCCUCGACGAGUCAAUACGACGCGUAUUAUUACUACUACGAUUACGAAAGUAAUAAUCGAUCGCGAUACGAAGCCGCAGCGAAUGCUGACACCCUCGAUUAUCCGGAUGCAGAGGAAGAGGAGAAGGAGGAGAAGGAGGUGGAGGAGCAAGAGGAGCGGGAGACCGUUAGAGAAUCGCACGAUGAAGAAGAAUCAGAAAAAGCGGAAGAAAAUUUGGAUUCUCAUCACGUGGCGAACGUAAACGAUUCUUCGUCGGAUUUGCUCGAGGAAAGAGACCUGGACACGCCAAUUUCAACGACGAACAACGAGGAUGGCACGUCGAUGGAAGGCAGCGAUAAAUCCUUCGCUUUCAUCGGACCGCUGAGAACGGAAACGAAUUUCUCGUCCGCUGAUAGCUCGAUUUUGAUCGGCGAAGCCGUUGUAUCCGUGGUAACGACGAAAAGCGUCGUCAAUGGCACUAUAUCCGUUCCAACGACAUCCUCUCCAGCCACAACUGAACAAGUCGCCGCGCCACCCUCCUCAACGUCUAUAGGAACCACGGAACAACCUGUGACAGCAGUAACAACAGAAGACACGUCCAGGAUAUUAGCGUCCGUUCAAACGAGUCGCAGCAUAUCUGGAGCGCGAUUCUUGCCGUUUCCCGUCAUGGAUCGGGUCGAACCAAUCGGCCAAAGUGGUGAAAAAAAGACUUCACCACCUCCAGAGUCUACAGAGAGUAUCAUUGAUAAAUUGGACAGAGUUCAAUCGGAAUUGUCCAGCGGUUUUCUCGCCGGUGGUUUCAGAACUGCCGGCAACGCACUUCAAUUGGAUGUUUUAAACGAUAGAGAGAGGAAUAAUCGUAGAAGAUACACUACCACUGCUAAGACACCGGUUAUUAGCAAGUUUGUACCUCGUCGGUAUAAUAACGACAAAAGAACUGAUCACGCGACACCGAAACCGAAGAUAGAAACAACGCUUGAUAGUCUGGAAGGACUGUUACCGCGUGAUUUUGUCUCGAGGAGUACGACCACGCUGUCGACACUCCCGAAGACUGGAUUCAGAUGGCCCACAAAGAGUACAACCACGACAACGACAGAAGCUACCACGAUUCAACUCACGUCUACUACCGUCGCCUCUACAGUGAAAAAGCCUAAAACCAACGUGAACGUUCAAGAUAUCAGCGCUUUCCUUCCGCCUGGAUACAAAUUGAAGAAAGAAGACGCGACUGCUACGGAGAGCUCUCUGUUAAGCGACAUUCUUGCAAAAUCUAAGGUUGAUAUAUCCUCUUUAUUGCCGUCGGAUUAUAACAAGAAGAAAAACGAAGGAAACCCAAGCACCAAACACGAGGUGACUACAACAACAACAUCUGCAACAGCGAAGAGUGUGGAUGUUUCAGAGAAGCCAACAGCUGAAAAAACAAUUCAGGAUUUGUUUGCAAAAUCAAAGUUUGAUAUUUCUUCUUUGUUACCACGAGACUAUGAGGAAAAAAAGACGAAUCUUACUACAGAAACGAAGGAUACUCCUGUAGAGAAUUCUACGGAAUCUGACACUUCUACAGUAGCAGAAUCUACUUUGUCCACGACGAAAAAACCUGGUAAUAUAAAGAUUGUGUUUCCUAGUAGACCUGGUGGACGAAAAGGUAUUCAUAAAAUUACCACGCCAUCAAGUCCUCGAGGCGACGCACCUGGCGCGGUUACCCUGAAAAUACAAAAAGGAUGGCCAACAAGAGCUACUACAGAAUUUACCGGAUGGCCUACUCCAUCAACUACACCAAUCUCUAUAGAAAAGUUAUUAGAAGCUGCACGAACCGCGACGGUUUCGUCUGCAUCACUUAUUCCAAUAACAGAGGUAACGUCAAGUACUACUACUACGUCGACCACUACGACUACGCCUAGACCAACGACACCAGGAAUUUGCGAGCAAGAGUGCGAAGUCGCUGGAACUAUAAAGAUCAUCGGUAAUGCAAGUUGGGUGCCAGAAUUAUUAGAUCGAAAUACACAAGAAUGGCAGAACCUUGCCAAUGAAAUUGAGCAAGAGAUGAACUUCAUAUUCUCAAAGUCGGCUGUCCUAGCAAAGUGGUAUAAGAAAAUAAGAAUUGAUUCAUUCAGCGAGGGUAGCAUUUUAGUAGAUUAUUUCAUCGAAUUGGCCGACUUGGAACAGAAAGUCAACACACAAGAGUUAAAAGUCAUUUUCCACGACUCAUUGAGGACUUAUAACGCAAACAGGUGGAACGAGACCAAGACGAAAGGCUCUAUAAAAUUGGGAUUGUUUAUGAUCGAUCCAAAAUACACAGAUUUUGUGGUAAUACCCAAAGCAACCACUCCUCAUUAUAUCGAAAAAGACGACAGAUUAGUUCCACAAUGGGCGAUUGCUGUCAUUGUAAUCGGCGUUGGUGGAUUGGUCUUUAUCGUUAUAUUUGGUGUCUCUGUUCUAAUAAAUCGUCACAAUGGUUCAAAAUUAAAACCAUCAGUAUCUACACUUUAUGAAGAAGAAGUUGCAAAAAAUAUGUCAACUCAUAGAUCUAGCGACUACUCAAAACCAGUGCACACAAUUUGGACUGAUCCAGAUGUUUCCUGGAAUGAUAAGUCUUUUGAAUCGACUUCUAAUAAAGUACUUGUCGAGAAAUCUUUUCAAGACAACAAGAAAUACAAUAUGUACGACAGUUGGCGAUCGGAAUGGAAUGGUUACAAUUACUACAAUGGGUCUCAUACCAGCAGUAAAUAUGGCGGCUACGACAGUACAACUAAUUUAUCGAGUCGUCAUCAUCCUGAUUACGACACAAAUUUCUAAAAUUGACGGUAAUAAAAUA